AUGGUCGACCAUAACCGCGCACAUAUCUUAGCCAUAACCGCCUCCCAGAGACUCGACUCAAGGGGAAAACCCACCGUCAAGGUCACUGUGUUGACGGAAGCCGGAACAUCCAGCGCAAUAGUACCAUCAGGUGCCUCAGUCGGCAAUUACGAAGCGCAUGAGCUGCGCGACGGUAGCGCAACCGAAUACGGCGGAAAUAGCGUGCACCAGGCUGUGACGAACGUAGAGAAGGUCAUUGGCCCUGAGCUGAUCAGACAACGGUUCAACGUCGGCGAUGACUUAGCGAAGAUCGAUCGCUUUAUGAUCCAGCUGGACGGAAGUAAGAAUAAGAGCCGACUUGGCGCUAAUGCAAUUCUCGGUGUUAGUAUGGCUUGUGCCAGGGCUGGCGCUGCAGUUAAGGGAGUUCCGUUAUAUGAAUUUCUCCGCGAACAGGCCGGAAUUACAGGACCGUAUUUACUCCCUGUGCCGUUCUUCAAUGUACUCAAUGGCGGGAAACAUUCUGGCAAUACGAUGGCGUUCCAGGAGUUUAUGAUUGCGCCUGUCGGGGCCAAUUCGGUGACUCAUGCUGUUCAGCUCGGGAGUGAAGUUUACCAGGCUCUGAAAUCUGUGAUCAUGGGGAAGCAUGGUGCGUCGGCUGUCGGUGUCGGCGAUGAGGGCGGAUUUGCGCCACCGAUUAGUGAGCCCUCUGACGCCUUGGAUCUUCUGAUGGCCGCAGUGAAAAAGGCAGGCCAUGAGGGAAAGAUCAAGUUCGCAAUUGACCCAGCUUCUUCUGAAUUUUACAGCGAAGGGAAAUAUGACCUGGGGUUUAAGAGUCAGAAGCAGUGCCAGUUGGCUGCGACAGAUCUCAGCGAUCUAUACCGGUCGUUGAUGAACAUGUAUCCGAUAAUCCUUCUUGAAGACCCAUUUGCAGAAGACGAUUGGGCGGCCUGGACCGCAUUUAAGCGAGAUUGCCCCAUUGAACUUGUCGGGGAUGACCUGCUGGCAACGAACCUCGAGCGAAUUGAGACCGCAAAGGAAAGGGAUGCAUGCAAUUCCUUGCUGCUCAAGAUUAAUCAGAUCGGUACUAUUACUGAGUCACUGGAAGCGGCCCACAGGGCAUUUAGCUACGGCUGGAGAGUUUUUGUCUCGCAUCGCUCGGGUGAGACGACUGACGACUUUAUUGCCGACUUGAGUGUUGCGCUUUCUACUGGGCAUUUGAAAUCUGGAAGCCCUUGUCGAGGAGAGCGGCUGGUCAAGUAUAACCGCCUUAUGGAUAUUGAGGACCGGUUGAAUGUUUUUGGUUCGCCGCAUGAGUAUGCCGGAACGCGGAUGAGCCGGAAUGAAAUGAAAUGA